GUCCUCGGCAGCAGCCCCAAACUGAGCGAGCUGUCGGAGGGCGCGCCUGCGCAGUUCAGCAUCUGACAGCCUCCCGUCUCAGGGUGUAGAUUCUGAAACAGUAGAGAAAAAAAAAUAAAGAAACGGAUGUGCUUCAAAAAACGACACGGCUACAGCCCUCCAGAUCAUUUUAAUGCAAAAAUUUAUACAGGCCCUAUACCGGCAGAGAGACAGCCUCCGAUGUCGCGGAAUGAGACCUCCCCAAGCAGGGCACAACAGGCUGGCAACCAGCGACCCAACACCUGCUGCUUCUGCUGGUGCUGCUGCUGCAGCUGUUCAUGUCUUACUGUUAGGAAUGAAGAUGAGAACCGGCCACGAAGGAAGCCCCAGGAGACCAAACUGGAGACCAUCCCAAACUGUGAAGCUUGCACCAAACCAACGGCGGAGGAAAUGCGUCUUUGGGCACAGUCCUUCGACAAGCUGAUGAAAAACCCGGCAGGAAGGAAUGUCUUCAGGGAAUUCUUACGAACUGAGUACAGUGAGGAGAACAUGCUAUUUUGGUUGGCUUGUGAAGACCUUAAAAAAGAAGUUAACAAAUCAGUCACUGAAGAGAAAGCAAGGAUGAUCUAUGAGGACUAUAUUUCUAUAUUGUCACCCAAGGAGGUAAGCUUGGAUUCCAGAGUUCGCGAAGUUAUAAAUAGGAAAAUGCAGGACCCAACAUCUCACACUUUUGACGAUGCACAGCUUCAGAUCUACACGCUAAUGCACAGAGACUCAUAUCCUAGGUUUCUGAACUCCACUUUAUACAAGUCAGUGGUUCAGAGCACCUCACGCUCAUCUUCGGAGUCAUAGUGUCCCUUUGUACCCGCUGCACAACCACUGAGGAGAAUCCAGAACCUUUGGAGUUCAUUUUAUAUCCCUUUUUAACACACCAUGUCAGAAUUGCUGAUCUACAGAUUAACUGGAAGAUACAGGGUCAUCAUCAUGUGACAUUCUUUCUCUCCUACCCCGCUACUAUGAGGACGACUACAACUACUACUACUACUGAUUUCCCUGUUGCCAAAUGUGUUUUUAAGGAAAAUAGUGAUGAAGACUGCAAUAAGACAUUGUCCUACUUGGAUGAUCCUGAGGGGGUAGGCUUUUAUUGUAAAAUGUGUUGUUCAGUCUCCAUCAAAAUAGGCUCUUGGCACAUGCAGAAGCCAGCGCUGAGUGUAAUACCACACCUUCUUCGAGGCGUGUUUUGAUGGAUGGAAGUCUUUCUAGUCGAAUUUCAAGUAUAAGUCUUACUCUGCUUGGCAAAUUGAUGGCUCAAAUACAGAAAUAUUAGAAAUAAUUCCACCUGAGGCAUUUGUUUCCUGGUAUGUACAGUAUGGGUCUGUAUUAAAUUGAGAUCAUAGCAGCGCUAUUGUGUCUGUGCCAGUGUCUGUAUAGACAUUUUAUUUAAUGGGCCUUUAGCACUGCUAUAUCUGUAGAGGUGCUAUGUUUUUGUAUUUAAUUCAGGCCAUAGUAUUAAUAGUGGAUGUUGGAGUCUGCUUUUCUCCUCAACAGGUAAUAAGUCUUCAUGCCCUUUUGUCAAUGAUGUGCCUCAAUCCUAAACCAACAGGAUUAUCUCUAUUAAAGUAAGAGCCUUAGAAUUUAGGGCUGGGGUUCUCUCAAGCCUACAGAGUUGUUUGCUUCUGGUUUAGUAACUUUAUUAUGUGCAUUUUUUUUUGUCUGAAAGAAUUGCGCUAAUGACGAUUUGGAGCUUUGAGAAUCUAGCCCUCAGUGACAAAGUGCAUGAGGCUGAUAUUGAAUAGAAAUACAUAUGGGUUAUAAAUACAGUGCUUACCUAACAAAUAAGCCUUGCUGAUUUACUGUACCAAAUAGAGCUGCCAAUUAUUCAUCCAGCUGUUAAAAAGUCCUAGUUUUUUGCAUAUUUUAUACUGAUUACUAGUUAUUUCCUCCACAGCUGGGUAUCUUUUUUGUACUGUGUACAAAGGGGAAAAAAACUUAUAUAAUCAUUUUCUCUAAAUGGAUCCUAAGCUGUUAAGUGAUCAGUGUAAUAUACCUAAGAAUUUACCAGUGGUUAAUUUAGUGAUCCUGACUGAAUAUCCUGCCAACAAACACAUCUUGCCACAUCUCAAGAAACGUAUAAAUUGUUAAAUUCUCUAUUCAAAAUGUAAUGUCCUUUUUAUAUUUUUGAGACUUGGACUGCCAAAAAAUAUUAUUUUUCAAUGUAGUUUUUACCACAGAGGUAUCGUUAUAAAAAGAUUUUAUUGUCAUUAUUCGUGAAUAACUUAAAACUUUGUCCAGUAGAUAAAUGUUUCUGCUUCCUGUCUUCUUCAGUUGUAGAGUUGUUCCUUUUGGAGAAAAAGAAGUCCAUAGCAUUGUAUUUCUCUACGCAAGCAAACUAUUACAACACCGUGAUGCACUGUGGAUGAGUUUUUAAACAGGUCUUAACUCUUUUUACAAGGACUAAAAAAACCUCCUUCACAAAGACAGAAAUGAUAACUUUUAGCUAUAUUUUGGGUUUGCCAAAAAAGGCAUCCCAGUGCAUGAAUUAUAAUUAUCGAGAAAAAAAAAUAAUAAUAAUAAAUGAACCAGGUUAUUUCUCUCUUGUAAAAUGCUAUUUGAUAACAUUUCCAAAUUCAGAACCCCAAAACAGAAUAC